AUGGAGCGCCCGAAGGGACGGCGCCGCGGUUCCUCAGGAAAUGAUUUAACACCAACUUCAACAUCAGAAGUAACGAGCCUCCGAUAUUCCCAAACUGCCGUUGACCGUAGAGCUCAAACUGCCGGCGGUCUUGGCGCCCAAACUGCCAUUGGUCUUGGCGCCCAAACUCCUGCCAGCUAUGGCGCCCAAGCUCAUGCCGCCAUCGGCAACCAGGCUGCUGCCAGAACCCCUCUGGAAAACUUACGAGAAGGGAAAGAGAUGAGUAGAAGCCAGGAUGAACCUCCUUGCGAACUUGAGGACCAGUUUAUAUUGCGUCUGCCUCUGGAACAUGUUUCUACUGUCAGGAAGAUAGUACGUUCUGGAAGUGCUGCCAUGAAGGAUAAACUGAAAAUUGACUUACUUUCUGAUGGACGUCAUGCAGUUGUUGGGGUUGAAGGUGUCUCACUAUCUGCUAAGCUGGUUGAUUUGCCUUGUGUUACUGAAAGCCUGAAAACUCUGGAUAAAAAAACCUUUUUUAAAACGGCAGAUAUUUCCCAGAUGCUUGUGUGCACUGCUGAUGGUGGUGUCCGCUCUCAUCCUGAAAAACUGGUUACCUCUACUGAUCAUAAAGCAAUCAGGAAAAGUGAAAAGGAGAGACAGAAAAAAUAUAUCUGGAAGCAUGGCAUUACUCCACCACUUAGGAAUGUCAGGAAGAGAAGGUUCUGCAAAACAACAAAAAAGGUCCCUGAUUUCAAACAAAUUGAAGAAGUCAGCUCUCCUGAGCACGUUGACUCUCCUGAUGUGGAGAAGCAAGUGAAAAGACUGCUGUGCUCAGAUACUGAAGCUGUCAGUGUCCGAUGGGAGGUCGUUGCUGAAGGUGAAACCGAGGAAAUAGAAAGUCAAGGCUUCAUUCCAGGCUUUGAGAUAGCCUCAGAAAUGAGUGGCUAUAAGCAGCGUCAUACCUCACCAGAAUAUGGUGCGUUUCGGGAGAUGGUCAAUGACUCUAGCAGUAACAGUGAUGAAGUUGAGGAUGAUAAGGAGGAAGAUGAAGAGGGAGAGGAUGACUAUGAUGAUGAGGAUGAAGACAAGAAAGAGGAGGAAGAUCGUUAUGAGGUGUAUAUAGAAAGGGAGCCACAGGCCAAAUUCAUUGAAUCUGGCCAGUAUGAGGCAAAGGAGGGAACCAGCUCAAUGGUCAUGGAAAUUCAGAAGCAGACUCAUUACGUGGAGAAAAAGCUCCAAGAGAUUCAGCGCAAAGCACAAAGACAGAAGGAGCUCGUUAUGAAAGUGGAAAACCUAACGCUCAAGAGUCAUUUACAGUCUAUGCUGGAGCAGCUUAAGCUACAGGAAAAACAAAAAAAUGAGCAGCUCAUUUCUCUACGGGAAAAACUGAACUAUUUUCUGAAGGAUUGA